AUGUCAGUUCCGACUAUUGUAAUUGACGCGAAACUCGCACUUAGACAGGCGCAACCAUCAUGGGCUGGCGCCAGGACCCCUCAGCCCCUCCCCGAGCAAUUCAGGUCACCUAAACCAGAAGUAAUGGCUAGUGAGACCAAGGAUUCACGUAUUGAAUCUGAUUCGAAGGACCCACACUUUAUGUCAAAAUUGAGCCAGCUUGGUCAAGUUCAAGUACCAAAUCCGCAAGUAGGCCAACGACUCCGUCCACAAUCAGACCGUUCACUCGACAUGAUUCGGGCACGCGAGGAAUCCGAACAGAUGGCCGCAUCAAACACGAUACCUUCCAAUCGAAUUUUGGCCCUUGUACUAUCUGACAUGCUUGACGCCCGAAAAUCGGCCAGUUCUACCAAGGAAAUAGGUGAAAUAGCCAAGUCAUAUGGAGUGGAUACCCAAACUCUGCAGAAUGUUGCCAGAUUUAUUAAUACGCCCAGCAUUGAUGCGAAAAAUGUCACUCGGAUCGUAGGCAAAGAUGGUGAAGAAAAGACAACUAUGGUGGCGACAUGGUCUGAGCCGCUACUCGAUAACGAGCACCAGAGGAUUGGCCCUUGA